AUUUGGGGAGGUUCGUCUCGUUCAAAAGAAGGACACUGGCCAUGUAUACGCCAUGAAGAUUCUACGAAAGAUUGACAUGCUUGAGAAGGAGCAGGUUGCCCAUGUCCGAGCUGAACGUGAUAUUCUGGUAGAAGCUGACCACCAGUGGGUUGUGAAGAUGUACUACUCUUUCCAGGAUGCGUUGAAUCUUUACCUCAUUAUGGAAUUUUUACCUGGAGGUGACAUGAUGACGCUUUUGAUGAAGAAGGACACUUUGACGGAAGAACAAAGCCAGUUUUAUGUUGCCGAAGCAGCUCUUGCCAUUGAUUCCAUUCAUCGGCUCGGCUUCAUUCACAGAGAUAUUAAACCUGAUAAUUUGCUGUUAGAUGCACGGGGUCAUAUAAAAUUAUCUGAUUUUGGAUUGUGCACAGGGCUUAAAAAAUCACAUCGGACAGAGUUCUACAAGGACUUGUCGCAUGCCAAACCUGGUGACUUCACACUAAAUCCUAUAGAUUCAAAGCGGAGAGCCGAAAGUUGGAAACGAAACCGACGGGCAUUGGCUUAUUCGACUGUUGGUACCCCAGACUAUAUAGCGCCCGAGGUAUUUAUCCAGACAGGCUAUACGAGCAGCUGUGAUUGGUGGUCAUUAGGAGUAAUUAUGUAUGAAAUGUUAAUUGGCUACCCUCCAUUCUGUUCAGAAAACCCGCAAGAAACAUACAGAAAAGUGAUGAACUGGCGAGAAACUUUGGUUUUCCCGCCAGAAGUUCCUAUUUCAAAUGAAGCUCAAGAUUUGAUUAGAAAAAUAUGCUGUGAUCCUGAACAAAGAUGUGGAGCGAACGGAAUAGAAGAACUUAAAGCCCAUGUUUUCUUUAAAGGUGUUGAUUGGGAACAUAUCAGAGACCGCCCUGCUGCUAUUCCUGUGGAAGUAAAAAGUAUAGACGAUACAUCAAAUUUUGAUGAAUUUCCAGAAAUUGACCUGAAGUGGCCUUCGCCACCUCAACAGCAGUCAACAGCCACAGAUAUGGACAAAGAAUCCAAAAACAAGGACUGGGUGUUUAUUAAUUACACUUACAAAAGAUUCGAGGGACUUACACAAAGAGGACCUCGACCAUCGGCACCCAAAAGCUAGAAAUUAUUGAAAUUAUACAAAACAAAUAAUAAUUAAAAAAAAAUUACAAAUAAAAACAAAAAAAAACAUGAAGAAAAGCAAGUAAAAAAAA